AUGCCUUCAGCAGAUUCACUUGUGCUUGAUGAUGAUGUUGUUGGUUCCGUUGGCGUUGUCCAGCAUUGUGAGUACCACAGGUUAUUAAAUUCGCACACUAAUGGUGCACAACAAUCUGUUGGACCUCUAUAAUCAAGACCAUCACAUUGGCCAUAUUCAGUCACACAUGAAACUACACAAC